UGAGCAGCGCGUUGUGGCAGCAUGGUAGCAGCUUCCUUUAAAACGAGAGCAGGCGUUGCCGCAGUUUUCCGCUGCUCCUGAUGCCUGUCCUGCUUCCCUGGUGCUGGUGCUGAGCGAGUCCAGCCCUCCAGCACGCUUUUCCCGCUAGAAGGCUCAGCGUGAUAUUGCCUUAUCUCUGGUACAACAACAAUUCUACCGUAGAGAGGGGGAGAAGAGGAGGAUGGAAAAAGAACUUUUCCCUCUAAUGAUGCGUUAGUUUCAAUAUGUUGAUUCCAGUUUUCCCUCCCGCUAACUCUCCCUCAUUUUCCUACCCGCUGUAGCAGUGUGCUGUUUGCGUUGUAGCUUGUACCUAACAGCGCAGCCUGGGGUAGGUGCUUGCAUCGCGUGCUCAUGUGGAAUCUAUUUAAGACCCUUUGUGGGGCCUCAUUCCAAACUAUGUGCCCUUCAACCUAAACUCUGUAGCAGGAGUGAGUUUUUGAGAGAGCCAUUUAGAUUCUUGUAACACAUGGGAAAUUUUGGCAGCAUUGCAAGUUGAGUGAAAAAAAGCUGGGGGUUGUGUUGCUACGUAAGGUACAGAAAGGGUUUGUGUGUACUUUGUCAUCUUUUGUGUGUGUGUGUGUGUGUGUGUCGUACUUUGUGCUGAUAAGGAAACUGAAGUUAGAAGAGCGGAGAUAUGUGGUAAAUGCAGUUUGCUGGCUAAGCCAGGCGGCUUGGACUCGGAUUGUGGAGGAUGAGUGUCUGUGCUCUCCGGUGCGUGAGGAUGAAUGGUCCCGAGGCGGGGGAAGCCGUGCUGCGGAGCGCUCUCCGGGCGGCGCCAGCCUCCCAGGAAAGGGAACUUCCCCUUUAACGAUACACAUUGCUAUGUAAGAAUUUCUGGGGGUGGAGUCACUGCUUGAGCAGGCUGCAUAAAAGUGUGCAGGAUUUCCAGCUGCCUCAGACUGCAAUCAGCAUGAACUGCAGCCUGCCACACCGUGUGCUGCUCAGCUCUCCGAUGGAGGGACAGCGGGACAGGUUGUGCCUGCAGUCUCUUUGGGACUUUGUCACUGCAAAGGAGCCAUUGAUCAAGUCACCGUUUUUUCCAGUGCUGUUUUCUUUUACAGCAUACAUGGCUUUCUGUCUUCCAUAUAUUGCACUGGACUUUUUAAGCAUUAGACUACCAGACUUGAGAAAAUACAAAAUCCAGCCGCAGAACUAUCCGAGUCUUGGAAUGAUGGUGCCUUGCAUUAUUCAAAGUGUAUAUCACCAUGUUGUUUUGAUCUUCCCGGUGACAUUUCUACACUGGUACUGGAGACCCAUGAAUCUACCAGUGAUAGCUCCAGAGCUGCCUGAAGUCCUGCUGCAAGUAGCAGUUUGUCUGCUGCUGUUUGAUUUUGAGUACUUCCUGUGGCAUUUGCUGCAUCACAAGGUGCCUUGGCUCUACAAGACCUUCCACAAGGUGCAUCACAAGCACGUGUCGACGUUCGCCCUUACUACACAGUAUUCCAGCGUAUGGGAGUUGCUCUCACUGGGAUUUUUUGCUGCUAUAAACCCACUGCUCCUCGGAUGCCAUCCUUUGACAGAAAUGAUUUUCUUCCUUGUAAACAUUGGUUUGUCAGUGGAGGACCAUUCUGGAUAUGACCUCCCAUGGUCAACUCACCGACUUGUGCCUUUUGGAUUGUACGGAGGAGCACCACAUCAUGAUCUCCACCAUCUGAAAUUCAAAUCGAACUAUGCUCCUUACUUCACACACUGGGACAAACUCUUUGGGACAUUCAUGGAGUCACAUUCUAAUUAAGAAUAUUUGCCUGUGGAUGAACUCUUUUUAUAGACUAAACCGGGACAUUAUUUUUUUAAAGACAUACAGAAGAUUGUAUAUUUGAAGCUGCCUAUAAAAGCAAUAGCUAUUUAUAACAAAUCCUCUUAAUAUAUGUGUAUUUGUGUGUGUACUUGGAACUGCCUGUGUUAAGGGACUGCAAAUGGGAAAGUGAAUAUCUGUUGCUUUAAUUUGAGUCAAAGGUUUAAGGGAAGCAUUAAGAGACAUUCUCUCUCCUUUCCUUCUUUCCAGCUUUCAUAAAGCAUGUAUCAUGUUGCUGUAUGAUGUUUUAUACAUACGCCAGAACAUUAUCUUACUGUUGUAGGAUGAUUUAUGAUGUAAACAGAAAAGGUACACAUCAUGGAUUUUGUGGAGUUUAAUCUGCCAAAGAAAAUUGUUGCGCAAUGAUUUUGUAAAAUAUUGCUGCCAAGUCAGGGUGGUUGGAUAACUGUUAAAUGAUUUUGAUAUUUAUAUUUUUUACCUUGAUAUACUGUCUCUUUUUA